AUGACGAUAGCCAGUUUUCAUCUAGCUUUCGCUAAUCCUUUAUCACAAUUAUUUGGUACAAUCGAUAAUGAAGCACCACCAUUUGAUAUUGUUAGUAAAGGUGCUAAAUAUGCAAUACGCCGUUAUCAUCUACAAUUAUGGGCACAAGUUGAUUGUAGUGUUGAUCCAUCAACUGAUUUUGGUGAUAAAUUAUCCACUGAAUUUCAACCACUUUUCAAUACAUUACAGGCAAAAACCAACGGGCACAAAAAAUUCCAAUGA